CCGCCCGGGCCGGCGCGCGCCGGUCCCCGAGGGAGGCCCAGGCCGCGCGACGCGUUCUUGACAUCAUGAAUCCUGUUUAUAGCCCUGGGUCUUCUGGGGUUCCCUAUGCAAAUGCCAAAGGAAUUGGUUAUCCAGCUGGUUUUCCUGUGGGCUAUGCAGCAGCAGCUCCUGCCUAUUCUCCUAACAUGUACCCUGGAGCGAAUCCCACCUUCCAGACAGGCUACACUCCUGGAACACCUUACAAAGUAUCCUGUUCCCCCACCAGCGGGGCUGUGCCACCAUACUCUUCCUCCCCCAACCCCUACCAGACGGCCGUGUACCCCGUGAGAAGUGCCUACCCCCAGCAGAGCCCAUAUGCCCAGUUGUCUCUCUUUUCCCCACAGCAGGGCACGUAUUACACGCAGCCACUGUAUGCAGCACCCCCUCACGUCAUCCACCACACCACGGUGGUGCAGCCCAACGGCAUGCCAGCAACGGUAUACCCUGCUCCCAUCCCUCCUCCUAGAGGCAGUGGGGUCACUAUGGGCAUGGUUGCUGGGACCACCAUGGCCAUGUCAGCAGGCACCCUGCUGACUGCUCAUUCUCCAGCUCCUGUUGCCCCUCACCCAGUCACUGUGCCCACAUACCGGGCCCCAGGAACACCUACCUACAGCUAUGUGCCCCCUCAGUGGUGAUCACCCUGCAAGUUAAAGUUUGAGGAUGGAGCUGUGCAGUCAUCAUUGAGUCCCACAGCUGGUGCUGCAGGCCAUGUGCCUCCAACCAGGACUUUCUUCUUAAUGCUCUCGACACUUAGCAAACUCAACUGUGCCCUGGCCCAGCGGGCCCCAGCGCCGCUAGUCUCCAGCUCACUGUGGGUUGGUCUUCAAGCAAAUCCUGUUUUGUGGACUGCCUGGCAAUUUUUUUUAGCUAACUGUAAAGAUAAAAAGGGAGUAUUAAUCUAUUCUGAAUCAUAUCUAGUUGAAUGCAUGUUUAAAAAAACAAACACAAAAACCCAGCUUGCUCAAUCUACCUGCAGUGACUGAUGCAGAGCCACCAUAUGCAAAUCCAAAGGAAUGGAGCCGUGUUUUACAACUCGUAUCACUAAUGCACUGCUGCCAUGUAUGCGGAGUCUUAAAGUCAUACGUGUUCAAGUGAAUGUCUUCAUAAAGCAUCUGGAGUAUCUGAGGUGACCUUCAGCCUGUUGGGGUUGGUGUGGGUUGUAGUUUUCAGUGACCUGUUUCUUUGGCACUGACUGGCUCAGGAGGCGCUGCAGGACUCAGGGCCGUGUUAAGGAGGCUGCAGCAGCUUAGUGAGCAUUGCUUUCCUCUGCUGAAGCUUGGUGUGGUCUGGGGAGAAGGGACAUACAUGAAAAUGAGCAGGAAAGAUUGUAGCUGUGUGGCCAGGACAGUUUGGGGAGGAGUGGGCUCCGCACCAGCACAGCUGCCACCUGAGUUUACAGUACACGGCUCAUGGGGGACAGUGUUUGUGUAUCUCCUGGAAAAGUCUAGAGUAGCGCAAAACUGUUUUCCUGGGCCGCGAGGUAUAUGAAAGAAAUAGCCACGCUUGGUGAAGGAGGUACUGUCCCCUGCUUUAUUUCACUUAGAAAAGCAUUCCUUUUUUCCCCAGGAGUUAGCUGAAAACAUGGGCAUUGCUAUACUCACCCUACAGAUAAGGGCAAAGAUUUCAGCUGUAUGCUAUGUUGAAAGUUGUACGUUUGUGUUAUGAAAAGGGAAUAAGCCUGUAUUUUAAUUAGUUCCUCGUGUUUCUUGUAGAGAGGCCGGGCCGUGGGUAUGUCUGACAAUGUAGAAACAUGUAACUUGUCUGGGUCAUUCACCUGGUGGUGACCUGUCCUCUGACUAGAGAGGACUCUGAGAACUGGGGUGAGGCUGAGAAGGGCUGUGUGUGGUCUGCGAGCCUCUUUUGCCACCUUCCUUGUAGCUGAAGGCACCUAACCCCAACCGAGCAAGUGUGGACAGCUGGAAGGACUAGGCAGGACUGGAAUGCACUUGUUGGCCAGGAUCCAGUGUGGAAAAGAUGGGGGUAUAUAACCCGACUAUGUACAUAAGGAAUCAGGAAGGGUUUUGUCACCUAAUAUACUCCACUUGGCAUCUGUGAGAGUGUGUGGCUGUUGUCAGUGUGGUCAGAAGAGCAGUGCAUGGGGACCUGUUCUCUUUCUGACAUCCCUGUCUGUCAGGCGGGGGCGGGGAGUUCCCACCCCCCAUCUUUGAAGGGCUGAGGGGUUGGUGAGGAGGGGUUCUGUGCUUGUCUCCGGCAGCUAAGUCAUGGCUCUGGCAGUGGGUGGAGGUCACCCCAUUUGAAGUCAGCCUGGCUAGUGGGUGGAACACCUGGCCAUUGGGCCUUUGGUAAUGUUAUUUUUAUAGUACUACUCUUCAUAAUUGUUUUAAUAUUUUAUUUUUAAGAAGUUUGGAAAGAUUUUUGCAUGAAUCAAUGUAAACGGGAGAUUCCUUACUCCCCGUGUCCAUUACCAUAGACUGUUUACUGGUGAGUACUUUAAAUUGCUUCAUGAGCACUUAACUCUGUGUGUGUGUGUUUGUGUGUGUGUGUGUGUGAGAGAGAGAGAGAGAUAGAGAGAGGAGGGAGGGAGGAAAAGGGAGAGGGAGACAUGCAUGCACACUCAAAUGUUUACCCCAAGUACGCAGCUCCUUCUGUGUUGGUAUUCCUGUCUGUAUGGUGGAUAGCCUGCCCAAGGGUUUCCUGGGACACAACAGACUGAAGGCAGGUUUCCUGGGUGAAUGACCAUGAGUCAGUGCAGCAGAUUUUAGUGUAUGCUUUGAAAACGUCCCCAUCAGAAUAGAACCAUGCACAUACACUGCCUGCAAGGAGAUUCACUUGUCUUCGGAAGUUACAGGAAGCUGCUCCGACUGCCCAUAGCCAGCUUCGGGCUAGCACAGCAUGCGUGGUCACGGCCCUGAGCCAGGGCGAGUGCGCUUGCAUCCCGCCCUGCUGGUGGCGUCAGCUUCACAGACCAUCCCCAUAACUUUAACAAUUUUAUUUCUCUUUGCAAUUGAAUUGAGAGACUGUCAUAUUUUUGCAUUGUACAACUCAUCUGUGUGGAAAUCUUUUCCGUUUGAAAUGAUGAGGGCCUUGGGCAUCAGAUCUGCUGGUGAAAGGGAGCUAGCUCUUUAAUCUUCAUGUGGGUGGUAACAAGCCAUCAGAUUGGGUUAUGACAGCACAUUUUACUAAAAGUAAAAUUAGGGAAUAGAACUUGGGUCAGUAUUCUAUUACACCACUGCAUAACUUGUGUCCCCAAAAUACUGUGCAACAUUCCAAGAAAUUGUGCUUAUUAUGUGUGUAACAUUCCCAGUUAGAAGGCUUUCAGUGGAAUUACCCUUCUAGGUGGAGAGACAGGCAAGCAAAGGUCUGCAUGGCCUGUAAGCAUGGGCAUCUUUAAGACUUUCUUAAAUAUGUCAUCUGCCUUCUCAGAGCCCCUGGGCUUAGGAGACGUCUUCAUCUGCCCCCCGCUCCCUGCGGAGUUGGAGUGUGAGUGCUGCCGGCCUGGCUGUUGGCUGUGGGCUCCCCGACUAGGAAGUGAGGCCACCUCAGGCCUGGCCAGUUAGGCAAGAGGCGUAGACGCUUCCAAAACCUCUGUCUCUGGUGGCCCAUUCCAGGUAACACUGGAAAUGUCACUGUGGUUGUCAGCCUGGUAUUUGCUGCUCUGGACAAGUGUUUCUUGAGUGCUAUGCAGAGGCAGCACUUCGGAACAGGAGAGGAGGCCCCCAGCUUUGGACCUAACCUGGGGGUGCCUUACUGCUCAGUGUCCUGCCUUUCCUCAGCCAGGUACCAGGUACCUUGUCCCACCUGGUAAGUCAUUCUGUGACAGGAAGCUUAGAAAGUGGUUUGGAGGAACUCCAGUGAGUGGAAACACGCCCAUACUUAGGAAGCCUUGGACUGCACUGGCGUAUAGCAUGGGCUUUCAUUAGUGUGCCUGUGGUUACAGUGAGGUUGGCAUACACCAGCCUUAAUAUUGGGGCUGCUCCUGAGAAGUCUCCAUUUUCUCGCCGGUGCUCUUUGAACAUGGAAUACAGUAUUACUCAGACCAUUGGGCCACUUCCAUUCAGCAGCUAACUGCUGCAGUCAGUCCACCUGGCGCUCUGGAUGGUACAGGAUUGCCUGUGGGUGCAGUGGCAGUUGGGACAGCUACUGGUCAUUCUCUGGUGCUUUCUAGGGGCAGUGGGGGUACAGGCUUAGGUAUGGAGGGCACGUGUCCCAGGUCUGUGUGUACUCUUGAGUGCUUGCUCUUCCCCUAAGCUUAAGGGAUGGUUUAGACAGAAGUGCUGGGCUGAUCUGGCCUCUUCCUCACGCUCCAUUCAUGUGAAGAACAGAACACUUGCGGAGUAACCCUCACUGGAGUACAGGACGAAAUUAAGCUGUAUGUGAUGGGGAAAACGGGGGUUUCCUAAGGGGCAAGGCUGCCUUCGUCAGUGGGCCUGUGCGGCAGGUGGGCUGGAUCUGAAACUGGCGUCCUGGUAGGGUGGUGACAGCCGCUUGAAAGAGGCCCCAAGGAGCUUCGUGGGCUGCAACUGAAUAGAAAAUGGUGUUUGUUUUUUUUAAUGGUUUUUAAAUACUUUUGUACACCUUUCUCUUGGUACUUUUUUUAAGCUUAAGUCAGCAUUGUCUUCCAGUGUUCAGGCAUCCCUCACCUCUGCAUUGAACUUAGGUGUCAAUACACAGGAAUGGACCGUCCACCCUGAGCCAGUUCAAUUAGGUGUAAAUUCAUACUAUUUUAAUUUUUUUAUGCAAUCUGAUGAGUUAGAUGAGCUCAGAUUUAAAACCCUUCAAAGCACGUUUAUUGUAGCAGGAGUUGUUAUGUAUUAACACUGCAGUUUUCAAUAAAGAUUAACUUGUGUUGCA